AUGUGCUUUUCAGACAUCAUCAAGCUGUUCAAUCCCAAACUGCUCGGCGCCGCUCCCGGCAAGACGGUACACGGCAUGCAGGCUCAUAUCAGCGAAACGGGCUUCAACCUGGCUGUGACUGGACACAACACUUUCAAUCUUCCCGGCCAGACGAGACAUUUGAUCGACACGCUGAGAGGUUAUGAGGGUUUGAACUUCGAGGAGGACUGGAAGCUUUUGACCAUUCUCAUGGGCAUGAAUGACAUCUGCGAUUACUGCAAAGACAAGGCUCUGUUUUCGGUGGAUAACUUCAUUCACUAUAUCACCGUCUCCUUGGAAAUGCUCAUGAAUGAGGUUCCUCGUAUGAUCGUUAAUGUCGUGCAGAUCCUGCCCAUGCACACUCUGAGGGAGGUGCAGAAGCCCACCCCAGGGUGCCUGCUCCAAAGAUCUUUCUGCUCGUGCCUGAUAGAGCCAGAAGCCAGGUCUCCUGAGCUUCAGGAGCUGGUGGAAGUCAAUCGGGAGUUCCAGAAAAGACUGGAGUCGCUGCUGUUUAGUGAUCGUUUCUUCAGGGACGACUUCGCCGUUGUUCUUCAGCCCUUCCUGCAACACGCUGACCCUCCCCGCCUGCCGAACGGGAAGAUCGAUAUGACCUUCUUCACUCACGACUGCUUCCACUUCACCAUAAAGGGGCACGAGGAGCUGGCCAAAGGACUGUGGAACAAUAUGUUUCAGCCUGAGGGAGGAAAGAUGAUUGUGAGCAGCUUCUCUGACCCCAUCAGUCUCAUCUGUCCACCCAUGGAACACCCGUAUAUCUUCACCCGACCGAUUGCAGCCAGGUCAGCUCAGCCCCCGCUGCCGUCUGGCGCUCUGUCACAGGCAGCCGUCCUCCUGCUGCUCCUGCUCCUCGUGGGUUUGGCAUGUCUCGGACUUUUGUAGCUUUCACUCUUCUGGACUGUUUUAUAACUAUGCCACUGCUACACUACUGCAAAGGUGAGACAGCAUCACCUGCCAAGGUGAGUCUGUAAGCCACUGUUUGCAACUUUGCAUGUCUGUGGCCUCAAAUAGCAGCAUGCAGGAAAUCACUGCAGUUUUAAGCCCUGAAAGAUAAUGUGACGGUAAAUCCUGCAACCUAAAUAUUUCAUUUUUAGAGGCAAGUCGGGGACAGAGGUAGUAGUUGGUCAGAAGAUUUCUCUGAUGUUAUUGGGCUGGGAGAUAUGGAGAAAAGCAAACAUCACUGUAUUUUUGACCAAAUACCUCGAACAAUACGUAAGGGUCGAAUGUUGGUGCUUUUACAAAAAUAUUUACACAACAAAACGUCUAAUAAUUAAUUAAUCAUCAGUAAUGAGGAUUUAGUGACUAAGUAGGUAAAGGUGAAUAAUAGAACAUCUAGAGCAGUCUGGUAGGUUCAGAAAAUGAUAUCACUUUACUGUAAAGCAGCCUUUAAAACCAGGAAAAGACAACACUUGCAAUAUUACAAAAUCAAAAAAUCCAAAUCAAAGAAGAUAUCUAGUCAUAUAUAAUGCUGAUAUAUUACCCAGCCCUAAAAUGAAACCAUUGCUGCUUUUAGCAGAAAGUUUUCUUGCUUUAAAAAAUUUGAAUUAGACCUAACUAACUGUGGGUUUGGGGCGAUCUUCCUUGUUUCUCCCAUAUUUGUGAUUAGAACAAUAAACUGUUUGUGUAAUUUUAAAGAAAAGUCUUGCCAAGAGCUCCUUUAACUA